CCGCCCUCCCCCCCCCCGUGACCUGUUCUGGCUCUCGCGACACCCUGCCAGAGCGUGACAAGGCGGGGCGGGAGCGAGGUGAGGGGAGUGGCGCCGGCGGAGCGGAUCUGAGGAGAUCACUUUAUACUUAAAGAUGGCUGCUGAUACAUCUGUUGAAAUACUUCAGAAAGUUCUGGAGAAUGAAAUACUUCAGACUGCCAAGGUAGUGGAAGAACAUCUGGAUGCUGAAAUGCAGAAGCUUGACCAAAUGGAUGAAGAUGAGUUGGAACAUCUGAAACAAAGGAGACUUGAAGCACUGAAAAAGGCCCAGCAGCAGAAACAAGAGUGGCUUUCUAAAGGACAUGGAGAGUACAGAGAAAUCCCAAGUGAGAGAGACUUUUUCCAAGAAGUCAAAGAAAGUAAAAAUGUGGUUUGCCACUUCUACAGAGAUACAACUUUCAGGUGCCAAAUAAUGGACAAGCAUUUGACUGUAUUGGCAAAAAAACACGUUGAGACAAAAUUCUUGAAGUUAAAUGCAGAAAAAUCUCCUUUCUUGUGUGAGAGACUGCGCAUCAAAGUAAUUCCCACUGUAGCACUAAUAAAAGAUGGAAAAACACAAGACUAUAUUGUGGGCUUCACUGAUCUCGGUAACACUGAUGACUUCACUACAGAGACCUUAGAAUGGAGAUUAGGCUGUGCAGACAUAAUUAAUUACAGUGGGAACUUGAUGGAGCCACCUUUUCAAAGCCAAAAGAAAUUUGGAACAAGCUUUACAAAGUUGGAUAAGAAGACCAUCAGAGGGAAGAAAUAUGAUUCAGAUUCUGAUGAUGAUUAGAACAGCUAAAUCUAUUUAUAAAUCAUGUUUUGUUUAUGCUUGGUACAUUUUUAAGGAUGAUUUUUAUAAAUCUUAUUGCUUUUCAUUACAUCUGCGCAUAAUGCUCACUUUUUCUAUACAGUUUUAUACAACUGAGUCAUAUCAGAAGAGAGCCUAAAAUAUUUUUUUUCUCUCUUUUGGAAGUCAUUUGUAACUCAAUCAAAGUCCUAACUAAGUCUUGUGUUGCCAACAAUGAACUUUGUCUAACUGUACGUUUAUCAAAUGUUGUGAAGUAACUGUUAGGAACAGCUGUACCAAGUCAAACCAAAGGUCCAUCUGGCCCUGUAUCCAGUCUCAGUGGCCAAAAGCAGAUGCACAAGGAAGAGUAAAAACAGGGUAAGCAGAUAGCGAUGCUUCUUCAGGAAAUAGUCUGAGUAGUUUAUGGCUUGGGGAACUGUCUGAAAACAUUUGUUGGAUAAAAAGAAAAAAUUCUUUUUAACCAUCAUUACAUCUUUAUAGCUUUCACAUCGUUUGGCAAGGAGUCCACAACUUAACUGUGUUGUGUCAAGAACUACUUCCUAUUGUUUUCAUUGAAUUUAAGUGUUUUGUUUUGUUUUUAAUUUUCUUCAUUAAAGGAGACAAGAAGCAAUUCAAAUUUUUUUUUCCUGUUCAUCUUCCAGUUCUCUUCAAACUUACAACUAUUUAUUAUCAGUAAAGCACCACAAGUUAUUAGUGCAGGAAUUGUACAUUUUAACAGAGGAUUGCUUACCUCGUGGUGCCAUGUCACAACAUUGCAUAACUUAACUACAUUGCACUGUAAGUUGUAAAACAGGUUUGUAUAGUUACAUGGUUUUGAAUGUGUGGAUUUUUUUAGCAGAUGCUUUGUACAAGAGAGUAGGCUAGAGAAAA